CCCAGGACAUCCUCCUGCCUUGGUCUCCCAGAGUGCUGGGAUUGCAGGUGUGAGCAGCCGUGCCCGGCAUCAGUUUGGAAACAUUUCCCGGCCUGGCGCGGCCUUCCUUAGACCGGAUUCACGGGAGCCCCACCCCAAGCACAGGCUCUCUGCCGGACUCCGCGUUAUCAUCGGAUGCUAGGUGAUAACCCUCCGAGCUGCUCCCUGACAAACAGCGGGGGGACAAAGGUGAGUCGCAUUGUGUUGAUGCGCUCACUGGCUUGCUCAUUGACAGACUGGGAAACACCUCCCAGAGCGCGAGUCUAUCGGCUGUGGAGCCGGCAGCUGUUCCCAGCGGGGGCUGACAGGCGGGCUGGGGCCGGGUGUCCCUCCUGGCUGCCCCCACGUGAGCCACAAGGUUGGGUGUGUUCCUGGGAUUGGGGCCAAGGUCCAGAGAAUUAAGUCCCAGUCUAGAAGGUCCCGGGGGCCACGUGCCAGAGUCUUCAGGGGAAGGGGAGGGACAGGGUUCAGAGGUCACCAGAGCAGGGCGGACCCCUCCCAUGUUGGGGGUGGGGAGGCAGCUCGUGCUCAAGACCCCAGCAAACCCCCCCCAUUGCACCCCGUUUCCCUUCUGUGCGUUCCUUCCUACUGGGGUCGCCCCCUCCCAUGGGGGAAACGCCCUCCUCACCCCAUAAUCCAGGCACAGGUGUGGCCGCUCUUCCUGGCCCUCGGGCCUGGCCUGGGGUCAGCUCUUGGGCUGUGUCCUGCGGUUCACCUUGGCCCGGGCGAGGCCUGACCCGCCAUGGACCCUUAGUCACCCGGGUCGGUGCUGAGCUCAGGGAAACAGCAAACUUGCAGCCUGUUCCCGGGGCCGCUGCCAAGCCCUGGAGGACAGGACAGGCGCCAGGGAGGGGCCAGUCGUCCCCAGGAGCUGCCCGCUUCCCCGAGUCCCCUCCCGGGUCACCAUGGCUGUCAGAGCUGUGCAGCAGCAGUGUGACCUCUGGGUGCUGAGGAGACGUGAGAUUUCCCUUCUAGAAGGCCCCAGGCGCAGUGAGCAGGGACAGCAGCGGUCGGCUCCAGUGGGGGCAUCUGGGGGCGCAGAUGCCCUGGAAGGAGAGUGCUCAGGGGACGUUUGCUGUGUGCACGGGCCACUCGCGCACCCGAACACCUCCAGUGGGAGGCUCCUCGCGGGCGGGGUUGUAGGGUCCCCAUCCGCCGCGUGAGCCUCUGUGUCUGGGGGCUGCUCCUCAGUGCUGGGCCCAGGAGAAAUCCCACCGGAGCGCCUGUGACCCGAGUGUGGCACGUGCCGGGUAAACAACUGAGUGAAUGAAUGAUGAGCGAGGAGGAGGCAGGGCUGCCAUGCUGUGGCCGCGGACUCCACCCAGCAUACAUGGAGCCACAGGCAGAUCCCUUGGAGUUAUGAGCAGCUACAAGAAAAGGUUCAGCCCAUCAAUUGGGGGCGCCAGCACACCGCCGGACACGCACGCUCAGGCCCAGCUCUGCAAGGCGCGAUCGACCCGCCCCCACCCUCAGGGUGCCUGGAGGUGCCGGCAGUGCGGGAGGCUCCCGGAGGGACACCUGGCACGGUUUCCUUACCAAAAUGAAAGGAACCCCGGCUCCCGGGAAUGGGCAGCCCAGGGGCACCCCCAGGAGGGCCCCCACAGCCUCCUCGGCCAGGAACCCCCUGCGGCCUCACCUCCCGACAGGCUUGACACGUGCCCACACGUGUUCACAGGCCACGUCCUCCAGCCCAGGCUGCAACAUGCAACAAACGUGUGCCGCCGGGUGCUUUAAGGUGCCUCAACCCCACCUGCCUGGCGGUGGGAGCUGCAUCUGGGACCCUCUUUCCUGGCUGCACCUGUGCCGGGGCGUGUCCCGUGCCAGGCCCAGGGCGGGGGCUGCGGAUCCUGUGUGUCCCUGUCCACCCCGCCGCCCAGCCCCAGGCCGCCCAGCCCCAGGCCGCUUGUGCUCUGGGCGAGGCCCCGCCCGGGGUCCUGCCUGGGAAAGGGCCCGUGUGGCCCUGCCCUCGGGAGCAGGUGACCGGAAGGCGCCUUCCACCGGGCCGGCGGCGCUGGGUCCUGCUGACGGGCAGGCAGGGGUCUGCGAAGCCAGCACAGGGACGGUCCUGGGAAAUCUCGCCGCGCACAGACCUGCAGCCGUUUCCAGAGGGGAUGUGGAAGCUCCGCCGUCUACGGGCACAGAGAGAAAGAAACCCGGCGGCCGGGCGUGGCGCAAACGGGCACGUUCCUGCAAGGCCGGAGACCAACGUCGGCCCUCAGGCGGGAAGAGCAGGCGGAUGCAGGACGAGGCCGGCGCACACGGGCGGACGCAGCCUCAGCCGGCCGGGAUCCCACACCACGGCCCAGGUGUGUCAGGCACAGGGCGAGCCACUCCCCUGGCCCAGGUGGGGGCCGCCCGGCUUCCCGCACGCCCAGGCCCCGCCAUGCCAGGUGGGAGAACAGUGGGUGGGGGGACGCCUGCCCUGAGAGCACAGAGCGAGGGCUGAGCAGGGGUGUCGGUCCGGAGGGCUCCCCGGAAGGGUGCGGGGCCACACGCGGGCAGCGGGCAGAGGCCACGGUGCGGCCAGCCCUGGUCCCGGGGGCCUGGAGUGUCUGGGGGCAGGACAGGUGAGCAGAGCAGCCACGGGGCUCGGGCUCACGGAAGGGCCUGAGCACAGACCACAGGGUGAGCCGUCCCGGUGAUCUCGGGAAGCUCUUCAGUCACCCCUGGCUUGGAGGCAGCCAGGGGGUGGU